AUGUCGGACUCCUGCUGGGGAAAGGCAAACAUUCCAGACACAAUUGAAGUUAUUGUCAAGUACAAAUGGCCAUCUGCCCAUCAGAAUUUUUGGAAUAAUGGAAUAGCUAUGAAUUGGCUUUCUGGAACGAGAUUGUGGCUUCGCGCCCGGUAUGCGCCCCCCAGAGAGAACAUGGGGAUUGAUCUUCUGAAACGAGUUCUACCAGAUACAAAGAAAUCGCGUUAUGUGCCGAUGCCCCACGAAGAUUCCGAGAGAGAAGGCCGUGACCAGAACACACUGUCCAACCCGGUCCCACAGACAGCCGAAGUUUUGCGUUGUAUCCGCUGCCACGGCCGCCGAUCUCGAGCCUAUCAUCGGGAACACAGGCAAAACCCGGUGUUAUACCCGGCCGCUGGCAUCUGUUCGCGAAUGCGGACCAAGUGUGCUGAGGUUCAGGCUCAGACCGACGGCCCUCUGGUUGUCUACGAGCUUCCUGCGACAUGGUCACCUUUAACUUCAAGGCGUAGCACGGGAGCCAAGUUAGAAUGCCUCGAGGGACCAGGAGGCACAGACGUCAACAACCUCGAGGAGUCCUGUUUCAAGUGCGUCGCGCUUGUCCAGCUGUCCGAUCUGUCCAUUGAGUGUGAUGCGAGCCGACUGAUUGAUGAUCAGCAGAAUGUGGUGCGUCUAAAACGGACUUUGAGAUCGCAAGGAUGUUACCGCCUGAGCAAUGCGUUCCAUGUGCCCGUUGUGAUCGACGUGGCGGACUGGGAUGCUAGACGAGUCUGGCUGCAGCCCUCAACGUUGGGUCCGGCCCGGUCGCUUCGCCUUCGCCAACUACGUAAAAGCCCAGACUAUACCCUGCUAGCUCUGGAUCAAGAGAGUCUCAUCACGGCCGCCCGCGCGAGAUUUCGGGAGCUAGGAGAAGAAAAUCCGUGGUGGAUAGUGGAUGUGUAUGUGACUGCCUCAGGUCACCCUGAAUCACUCGACGAGGAGCUUAUUCGCACGCUUCGAGAAAAUUUCCACAAAGAACGGUUUCCUUCCGAUGGGCGCAUCUACCAAAGUAUUCGUGUCUAUCAAGGCGCGACGGGCGGGCGUCAGAAUCCAAUCGCCGAGAACUUCUGGUGGGCGGUUUUACGGAGCGAGCCUGGCAGCCGAAAAGCCGACUACCUCCGUGCGCUUCCUCAACCCCUGGCGGACGCGUUCAAUGCACUCCUCCCCGUCAAGGGUCUUUGGGCGGAUAUGAGCAUUGGCGUUUUGCACAAGCUGAGAGCCAUGAGAUGUAGCGAGCCAGUGAUUUGCUACCUGGAAUAUAUUCGACGCGUGUUUUACAACAUGUCCCGAGCACCCGGGGUCUCUGAGUGGGACUUGAGCUUUCUCCGCCGGAAGCAAAAUAGACUCUUCAGAUACAUCGAUUGCCAACGGGAACGCGACGCAAUCUGGCACAGAAUAGAGCAGAUUCAGCUCCCCAUCCCGACGCUGAAGACCUUCUUCCAAGAUAUUCUCUUUCUCGAUGUUGGACAGAGCGUAAUGCGCCAACUCUGCCGCAGCCCCUUGACGGGGGCGCGGUCGAUCGACGAAGCUUUGGAAGAACAAUUCAUUGUAGACUCGGGUGGGUCUACGUCCGAUCUGCCAAGAAUUCCUGGGGGUCGGUUCCAGUUUGGGCUCUGGGAUCUUUGGCGCUUCCGCCUCCAGUUUGCUUUCGAGAUGACGACGCAAAAGGAUCAUCAUCGCCGCGUGCCUCGAAAAAUGGAGGAUAUUGAACGCGCACAAGAAUUCGGUCUCCAUGAAAUACACCCCACAGAGAUGGCCCCGUCCCUCCGGCUCCUCUUCUUCGGGCUAGCCCGUUCCUAUGGGAUUCAUCCUCCUGUGUCGGACGAUCUGGAGACGGCCACACUCGAGAUCCCGUUACCAGUGCCGUCCGAUUUCCCACCAGAGCAGGACAAAGAUAUAGAUCUAGAACGGCGAUGUGGUAAGCCUUUCACCGACUCUAUCGAGGCCGACCGUUAUGCGCUCUCUUUUGAGUCUAUCUCACGUCCAACUGCCGCAACACGUGUUAGUGCGGUGUUAGUGCGACAGUCCGUAUUUUGUGCCUUUUUUGGAUAUCUACUCCCACAGGAGACUUCCAGUCAGGAUGCCAGCCGAUCUGGACAGGUAUAUGACGGUGGUGUGACUGCGGGAUCGGAAUCGUUCGACCAAGGACCUGAUUCCCGCGAAAUUGAGCAUCCGUCUCCCGUCCGCGCACCUAGACGGACUCCAGCCGACUUUGACCCUCUGCAGCCGAGUUCCAAUCCGAACUUGGUUAGUCCCGUCUCUCAUUCAGAGCAGUCCUAUUCUGUUCAGAUCACGCACUUCAGAUUCGAGAUCGCAAUCUUCCGGACCGAGCGGGUUAUUUUGCUUCCGAACAAUCGAGACGGCCUUAACGCAUUUUUCGAACAACUGAACGAAUAUGAGUUUCAUUUCUACUUUUCACCGGAUGAGGAGGGACAUCUGUCGCGCCAAGAAUAUAGAACAAUCCCUUAUAUGGAAUGCUACCCUCUUUACAUUAACUUUCCCUUCUCGACGUUGCGCGCCGUUUAUUGCCAAGGAUGUCCAAUUCAUCCCGUCCAUUCACCUGGGCAUAUAAUGGCUGGGCAAACAAAUAGCAGGGAGGAAUUGGCCGACAUAGUGAGAACCUUGGUUCAGACAGCGAUCGACCUUGUCCUGAAUGCUCGAGCAGGGGCUUUUGCUUACACCGGAUUUUGA